AUGCGGCGGUACUCCUGGUUCUUGGUUCUUCUGGGCUCACUUCUGGCGGGGGCCCAGUUCCCCAGAGAGUGCGCGACCCCAGAGGGGCUCCGGAGCGGCCGCUGCUGCCCGUCCCCGCCGGGCCUCGACGCCGACCCGUGCGGUUCCGGCGCCGGCCGCGGCCUGUGCGCGUCGGUCGCGGCCGACGCACGGCCCCACGGCCCGCAGUACCCGCACGACGGGCGGGACGACCGCGAGCGCUGGCCGCUCCGGUUCUUCAACCGGACCUGCCGGUGCGGCGGCAACUUCGGUGGCUACAACUGCGGGAGGUGCAAACACGGCUGGGCCGGAGCCAACUGUGACCGGAGAGUGUCUGUAGUGAGGAGAAACGUGAUGCAGCUCAGCGCCGCAGAGAAGCUGGCCUUCGUCAACGCGCUGGACCAGGCCAAGCGCACGGUGCACCCAGACCUGGUGAUCGCCACCCGGCGCCACGCCGAGAUCCUCGGGCCCGACGGCAACGCCACGCGAUUCGAGAACAUCUCCAUCUACAACUACUUUGUGUGGAGCCAUUACUACUCCGUGAGCAAGACCUUCCUGGGCGCCGGCCAGUCCAGUUUCGGCGGGGUGGAUUUCUCCCACGAGGGUCCCGGCUUUGUCACCUGGCACCGGUACCACCUGCUCCAGUUGGAGCGAGACAUGCAGGAUAUGCUGCAGGAGCCCACGUUCGCCCUGCCCUACUGGAACUUCGCCAUAGGGGGCAGCACUUGCGACAUCUGCACCGACGACCUGAUGGGAGCCAGGAGCAACUUCGACGCCGACGCGCUCAGUCCCAACUCCGUCUUCUCCCAGUGGAGGGUCGUCUGCGAGAGCGUGGCCGACUAUGACGCGCUGGGAACCGUUUGCAACAGCACGGAGACGUCGGCGAUAAGGAGGAAUCCCGCGGGCAACGUCAACAGGCCGAUGGUCCAGCGUCUCCCGGAGCCUCAAGAUGUUGCCGCCUGUCUGCAAGUCAGCACUUUUGACACGGCGCCGUACUACUCCACGUCUUCAGAAAGCUUCAGAAACACCGUCGAAGGGUAUAGCGCCCCCCAGGGGAACUACGACCCCGCUGUCAGAAGCCUCCACAACCUGGCCCACCUGUUCCUGAACGGCACGGGGGGCCAGACCCACCUCUCCCCCAACGACCCCAUCUUUGUCUUGCUCCACACCUUCACGGACGCCAUCUUCGACGAGUGGCUGCGGAGACAUAACCCAGAUCUAGCUGUGUAUCCUGACCAAAACGCGCCGAUCGGUCACAACCGCGACUACAACAUGGUUCCUUUCUGGCCUCCCGUGACCAACGCUGAGAUGUUCGUCACCGCCCCCGAAAACCUCGGCUACUCUUAUGAAGCCGAAUGGCCGGGUCAAGCUUUCACGCUGACCGAAAUGAUCACGAUGGGCAUCAUCGCCGCGCUCCUGCUCGUCGGCGCCAUCUUCGUGGUCACCACCUGCGCCGUGCGCUCCAGGUCCCGCAAGAUGGAGGCCCUGCAGCCGCUGCUCACCGACCAGUACCAGCGGUACGACGACGGCAAAAGCCAGUCGGUCGUCUGAGCGCACCGCCGACCGGAGCUUCGCCGUCUGUCGCUUGCAUUCAAUUAUUUUACGAUUAUCAUGAGAAUAAUCGGACAUUGUCAGAAUGCAGAAGGGUCGCUAAUUUUAGCUUUUCAUGCUAACGUGUGGCGAGGGGAGCCAAAAACUACUUAACGUGACUCAUGUGAAACAAAUAAUUACUUGAGUAUUCAGUGAAAAAUAAAACUACUCAAGAACACUAACUGCUGCACUUAUGUAUUUGUUUUUAUUUUAUGCAUACCGCCAUGUAAUUUUUUUUUCCGUCGAAAAAAACUAAAAAAAUCAUUGUAAUUUCACUUUUUGUAAUUGCACCUUUAUAUCGACAGAGGACGCUGUCUUCCCGCAAUUACGCCGUAGAUGUCAGCUCUUGUUUAAAAGAGCAGAUGAAUAUAAAUUAAAAGAUGUGUUGAUUUUGUUGCUGCAAAAAUUUUGUUUGUUUACUUUUGUCAACCAUAAAUGUUUUUUUUUUUUUACUUUAUAUUGGCACCAAAGUAACAGGUACUUUUUAUGAUUUUUUUUAACAUAGUUGCGGCACUUAUCUUGAAUUCAAACAUGGGUUCACUCAAGAAUUGGAGGAUAUUUUCAAAAAUUCCCAUCCACAAAAUACAUAAACGUAAUUGUUGUGUAAACCGGAUGUUGUUGUUCUUUCCUGAACGAAAUGUAAACGCAGCUCCAGUAAAAGUGAUUCCUAAAUAUUCAUACACAUGAAUUUGAUCGUUAAGAAUUGUUUCCUGUGAAAUAUUUAAUUUAGAUACAAUUUAGUUUUUUGUUUGUUU